AGUCCUCUCAUUCCAAUCAUUCCAGUCUCAGCGAACAAUCGGCCCUCAGUUAUUUAAUAGCAGCGCGAUCUCUCGCACCGCUCAGUCUGUUGUGAGAUCUUCUCAGACGCACACCGUAGCAGCGCGCGCUCUCUCUCUCUCAGAGCAACAAAUACUCUACAUCAUUUGCAGUUCCACUACAUUUUAUUAGGAUUAUUUUUUUCCGUCAGCAAGAAAUAUAAACAAUAUACGCCGUGAACAACUUGCUUCCGUGGUGAGAAUGUAAAUUGAUCUGUGGUUUAUUAAGAAUCCAAAAACAUCCAACUCUUCAACACAUCCAUUCACUUAUUUUAUUCUCUGAUUGACUGAGAUGAGAACUGCUGAGGAGUCUUCUGGCACGGUUCUACACCGUCUAAUCGUGGAGCAGCUCCGUCACGGGAUCCCCACGGACACCCGUACCCUCCUGGCCAUCCAGCAGCAGGCCCUGCGUGGAGGCAGCAACAGCAGUGGAGGAGGCGGUACCGGAUCACCCCGCUCCUCUCUGGAGAGCCUGACCCAGGAAGAGUCCCAGUUCAUCCACAUGUCCACCAGACAGGACCCCCAGGGCCAGGAGUACCAGGGGGACUACAAACACUGUGAGAGUGACUUCGUGUGUCAUCUCUACCAGCUCCACAGACACGGAGAGGAGCUGCCCACCUAUGAGGAGGCCAAGGCUCACUCUCAGUACCUGGCCUCGGUAGGGGCCCAGCAGGGUCAGCCUCAGCUGGGACCUGACAUGAUGGAUCACCAGGGAGAUGGCCAGUGGGAGCUGAAACGGAAGCACGCCCGGAGCCUCAGUGAGCGUCUCAUGCAACUCUCCCUGGAGAGAUCAAGCAGAGACAUUCAGCCUCUCAGCUCCUCUCACAGUUACCCUCAACUGUCUAAUGGCCACUCUGGGCCUGUUGAACACCAGGGGCCAGAGUUUCAGAGGGGACCUCCCCCAGACUACCCCUUCCUGGUCAGGCCUCCUGGAUACAUGCUCAGCCACUCACAGGAGACACACGGACACUACUAUCAGGAACCACCUCCCUCAUUCCAAUCACAGCACAGGUACGUACCUUCCCAGCCCCAGGCCGAGAUGGUUCGACACAGUGUCCACUAUGGUCCAGAGGUCUACGCGAACCACAGCAACACCAGUACUCACAACAACACUGCCCAAAUGGACCUGUUGAGGGAGAACGAGAGACUAAGGAAAGAGUUGGAGGUGUACAGCGAGAAGGUCGCCAGACUUCAGAAGCUGGAAGUAGAGAUCCAGAAGAUAUCUGAGGCCUACGAGACCCUGAUGAAGGGCUCAGCCAAGAGAGAGACCCUGGAGAAAACCAUGAGGAACAAACUGGAGUCAGAGAUCAAGAGACUGCACGACUUCAACAGAGACCUCAGAGAUCGUCUGGACAACGCUACCAAACAGCAGGAAGUUGAAUCGGCAGACAGGAAACAGCAGGUCUUCACCAAACUCCUGGAACAAAAUGAGGAACAGCAGCGGGAGGUGCAGCGUCUGCGUGGCUCCGAGGAGGAGUGGCUUCGGCGCCGGGAGGUUCUGGAACAGGCCCUGGGGUCGGCACAGGCCCGUAACCUGGCCCUGGAGGAGGAGCUUAGGAGGAAGAGGGCGUACGUAGAGAAGGUAAAGCGGCUGCAGAGUUCCCUGGGCCAACUACAGGCAGCCUGUGAGAAGAGAGAGGCCCUGGAACUGAGGCUGAGGACCAGGCUGGAGCAGGAGCUGAAGAGCCUCCGAUCAGCACAGUCCCACAGCACGGCUAGCGGUCCUGGCUCCCCGCCCUCUGAUCUGAGCUCCAUGGUGUCUGUACAGCAGCAGCAGCUGGCUGAGAGAGAAGAGAGGAUCCUGGCUCUGGAGGCUGACAUCACACACUGGGAACAGAAGUACCUGGAGGAGAGCACCAUGAGGCAGUUCGCUAUGGACGCAGCCGCCACCGCUGCAGCUCAGAGAGACAGCAGCGUCAUCAAACACUCGCCUCGUCACUCACCCGACAACAGCUUCAACGACUACCUGCCAUUCAGCCACAGGCACCGGGAGAUGGAGAACAGAGUCCGAGCGCUGCACUCCCAGCUCCUGGAGAAGGAUGCAGUGAUCAGGGUGUUACAGCAACGGACUGGACGGGAGCAGAACAGGCUAGAGCAGCAGGCCCUCCGUCCAGCCAGGUCCGUCCCCUCCAUCAGCACCGAGCAGCAGGCCCUCCGUCCAGCCAGGUCCGUCCCCUCCAUCAGCACCGAGCAGCAGGACCUCCAUCCAGCCAGGUCCGUCCCCUCCAUCAGCACAGAGCAGCAGGACCUCCAUCCAGCCAGGUCCGUCCCCUCCAUCAGCACCGAGCAGCAAGCCCUCCGUCCAGCCAGGUCCGUCCUCUCCAUCAGCACCGAGCAGCAAGCCCUCCGUCCAGCCAGGUCCGUCCCCUCCAUCAGCACCGAGCAGCAGGCCCUCCGUCCAGCCAGGUCUGUCCCCUCCAUCAACACUGAUGGCCCAGUGGAGCAACCCAUCCAGGGGAAAGGGAAGGGCCUCUCUGAUGACCAGACGGCUGCUGCAGUGUCUCCUCUCUCCUUGCCCCCGCACCAACACCCCUGCACCCCGUUGCUCCUGUCCAAGCCCCAGAGCAGGGACUGCAGCACCCAGUGUGACCGUGAUGUCCUAGCCCAGGAGACGGAUCUUACAGUGGAUCCCACCAGCAUGCUAGCACCCUCUGAGACUUCCUCGACCUCAACAUCUGCCUCCGAGCACUUCCUGGCACCACCCAACACACACCAGAGCUCCAGAAGUUCAGACUCAGCAGCAGAAGUGGUGGAAAUCCUAAUUUAAGAAACGCCGAACUGUGGGAUGAAUGGUGACAACACGGUAGACGGCCAAGAGAUCCUCAUGUCCUGUAUGUCCCUCCCAACGAGGAGAAGACAACCUGUCUGUCUCUGGUCAGACUGACCUCCAGAUGGACACUUCCUUUGGAGAAGGACAGACAGUUUGGAGACAUGGACAUGUUUUCGCUACCUACCUACCUACCUACCUACCUACCUACCUACCUACCUACGCAUCUACCUACGUAUCUACCUACCUACCUACCUACCUACCUAGCUACCUAGCUACCUACCUACCUACGUAUCUACCUACCUACCUACCUAGCUACCUAGCUACCUACCUACCUACCUACCUACCUACCUACCUACCUAACUACCUACGUACCUAACUACCUACCUACCUACCUACCUACCUACCUACCUACGUACCUAUCUACCUACCUACCUACCUAACUAUAUCUACCUACCUACCUACCUACCUACCUACCUACCUAACUAUCUACCUUCCUACCUACCUAACUAUCUACCUUCCUACCUACGUACCUACCUACCUACCUACCUUC